AUGGCUGCGACCACAUCCUCGUUGCCGGCCAAGGCCAACCCUCAGCUUCGCCGCACCGCCAAUUCUACCGAGGUUGAUCUCUCCUCCCCCUCUACUGCAGUGGCUUCGCCCAACGACUCGCCCCGACCCUCAGCUUCGUCGACUUCGCUGUCUUCGCUCUCCUCCAUCGAUGCUUCUGGCGAGAAACCCAACUACGGCGUCCUCCUCGACACGUACGGCAACGAGUUCACCCCGCCCGACUUUACCAUCAAGGACAUCCGCGAUGCCAUCCCCAAGCACUGCUUCGAGCGCUCUGCGCUCAGGGGCUACGGCUACAUCGCCCGUGACAUGGUUCUCCUCGCCACCACGUUCACCGUCUGGCACAACUUUGUGACGCCGCAUCACAUUCCCUCGUACCCUCUCCGUGUCGCUCUUUGGGCCGUGUACACUGUUCUCCAGGGUCUUUUCGCCACCGGUCUCUGGGUCAUUGCCCACGAGUGCGGCCACGGCGCCUUCUCCGAUUCAACUCGCGUCAACAACGUCACCGGCUGGUUCCUCCAUUCCGCACUCCUUGUGCCCUACUACAGCUGGCAAAUGUCCCACAGCAAGCACCACAAGGCCACCGGCAACAUGGAGCGCGACAUGGUCUUCGUGCCCCGCACUCGUGAGGAGCACGCCACCCGCCUCGGCACCAUGGCCCACGAGCUUGCUGAGCUGACUGAAGAGACUCCUAUCGCCACCCUGCUUCACCUCGUCGGCCAGCAGCUCGUCGGCUGGCCCAGUUACCUCAUCAACAACGUUACCGGCCACAACUACCACGAGCGUCACCGCGAGGGCCGUGGCAAGGGCAAGCGCAACGGUUUCGGCGGCGGCGUCAACCACUUUGAUCCCCGCAGCCCCCUGUUUGAGAACCGCGAUGCUUGGAGGGUCAUCAUGUCUGAUGUCGGUCUUGCUCUUGCCUUUGCCGGCCUCUUCUACCUCGGCAACACCUUUGGCUGGAAGAACUUGGCUGUCUGGUACUUCAUCCCCUACUUGUGGGUGAACCACUGGCUUGUUGCCAUUACUUUCCUUCAGCACACCGACCCCUCGCUUCCCCACUACACCGGUGAGCAGUGGAAUUUCGUCCGCGGUGCUGCCGCUACCAUUGACCGAGAGAUGGGCUUUGUCGGUCGCCACCUGCUCCACGGCAUUGUUGAGACGCACGUCCUUCACCACUACAUCAGCUCCAUCCCCUUCUACAAUGCCGACGAGGCCACCGAGGCCAUCAAGCCCGUCAUGGGCAAGCACUACCGUGCUGAUGUCCGCGACGGUCCCUGGGGCUUCAUCCGCUCGCUUUGGACCUCAGCACGCUCGUGCCAGUGGGUUGAGCCCAGCGUGGGUGCUGAGGGUGCCGGCAAGGGCAUCCUGUUCUUCCGCAACCGUAACCACAUUGGUGUGCCGCCCAUGGGCCGUACGGAUGAGCAGUGA